AUGCGAUCCUCAAGGGUCCUUAGCUCAUCUUUGCCAAUUCAAGAUCCAGAAAUAUCCUCGAUUAGCCAAAUAAAGGUUAAUGACAUCGUUCGUGGCUUUGUCCGGAGAGUUGCUGAUAAUGGUCUUUUUGUUACCCUGGGCCACAACGUUAUAGCCUACGUUCGAAUCUCGGAUCUCUCAGAUUCGUAUCUUAAAGAGUGGCAGAAUGAAUUCCAAGUAAACCAGCUUGUGCGUGGAAGGGUAAUUUUGGCGGACGCUGAAUCCAAUAAACUUCAAAUGAGCCUGAAGGAAUCGGUCCUUGAUCCAAACUACAAGACACCGAUCACAAUCAAAGACCUGAAGCGCGGCCAGACCGUUACCGGAAAAGUCCGCAACGUAGAAGAAUUUGGCGCUUUCAUUGUGAUUGAUGGAACUGCCAAUCUUAGUGGUCUCUGUCAUCGAACGGAGAUGGCAGAGGGGAAAGUAGAGGAUGCAAGAAAGCUCUUUGAGAAAGGUGAUAUUGUCAAAGCUAAGAUCGUCAAGAUCGACCUUAAUAAGGAGCGGAUUUCUUUGGGAUUGAAAGCCUCCUAUUUCAAAGAUAGCGAUGACGAAUCGGAUGGUGAAAACGUUCAAGGCGAGAGCGAAGAAAUUGUGAGUGAAAGUGAGGACGAUGGUGACAUGGAUCUUGAGCUUGAAUCUGGCAACGACAUUUCAAUGGGAGGAGUCGACUUGGAGGAUACCAUGAAUGGCGAUAAUAGUGAGAGUGACUCUAGUGACGGGGAUGUACAAAUGACCGGAACGAAAGAUGCCGGUAUAACGGGAGGCCUAGUCACUUCUGGAUUUGACUGGAAUGGAAACAACACCAUCGGUUCUGAUGAGGACAAUGAGUCUGAUUCCGACUCCGACAACAAAGCCGCUGUGAAGAAGAAGAAGCGACGGAAACAGGAGAUCCAAGUCGAUAGAACGGGUGACCUUGACACCAAUGGUCCGCAGUCUGUCGCGGAUUAUGAGCGCCUCUUACUCGGUGAACCCAACUCGAGUUUCCUUUGGCUGAAGUACAUGGCCUUCCAACUUGAGCUGAGUGAGGUUGAUAAAGCACGAGAGAUCGCGGAACGAGCGCUUCGAUCAAUCAGCAUAGGCCAAGACACGGAAAAAUUUAACAUUUGGGUCGCGAUGCUCAACUUGGAGAACACUUUUGGAAACGAUGACACUCUCGAGGAUGUUUUCAAGCGUGCUUGUCAAUACAACGAUCCGCAGGAGAUCCACGAGCGGUUGACAAGCAUAUACAUCCAGUCUGGAAAGCAUGAUAAAGCGGACGAGCUCUUCCAAGCAAUUCUCAAGAAGAAAUUCACCCAAUCCCCAAAAAUCUAUCUCAAUUUCGCUACCUUCCUUUUCGACACACUUGCUGAGCCGGAACGGGGACGUGCACUCCUCCCGCGCGCCAUCCAAUCACUCCCAACUCACACUCAUGUCGACAUCACGUCGAAAUUUGGCCAGUUGGAAUUCCGCUCUCCAAACGGAGACGUCGAACGUGGACGAACGAUAUUUGAAGGCCUCAUCUCUUCGUUCCCCAAACGCGUUGAUCUGUGGAAUGUGCUGCUUGACCUGGAGAUCAAGAACGGUGACAUGGAACAGGUGAGGGGGUUGUUUCUGAAGAGGUUCUGGGGCUGGGACAUCCCAUUGCGGCGGACGCGCUUAUGUUCAGCAUGGGCGAAGAGGUGA